AUGUCUCUCAAGAAAGAUUCCCACCCCUCGUCCGCCGCCUUCGACGUCAUCAACCAGACGCUCCAGGCCAACGAGGCUGACCGCAAGGACGCCCUCGAAAAGGCCAAGGCCGUCGUCGCCUUCAACAUCAAGAAUUCCGACGGCAAAGAAGAGGCCUGGUACCUCGACCUGAAGGACAAGGGCGAGGUUGGACACGGGCUCGCUCCCAAGGGCGGCAAGGCUGACGUCACCCUCUCCCUCUCCGACGCCGAUUUCGCCCAGCUCGUUGCCGGCAAGGCCAAUGCCCAGCGUUUGUUCAUGGGCGGCAAGCUGAAGAUCAAGGGCAACAUCAUGAAGGCGACCAAGAUGGAGCCUAUCCUGAAGAAGGCCCAGGGCGGUGCCAAACUGUGA